UUUUAUAUUUUUUAAUAUGUUGGCAACAUUACCAAUUGAAUGUCUUGAAGAAAUAAUAAAAAAUCUUGAUUAUAAAUCAUUGCAUUCUUGUAUAUUAGUGAAUUGUUUGUUAAGUGCUAUCGCUGUUCGUUAUUUAUGGAAAUUUCCAUUUGGAUAUUUUAAAGAACCAAAUAAAUUGAUAAUUCAAACAUAUUUAUCUUGUCUUCCUGAAAGUUCCAAACUAAUAUUGCAUGAAAAUGGUAUAGAGAUACCUUUAUUUACAUCAUCACAAUCAUAUAAACCUACUUAUAAUUAUCCAUCAUUUAUACGAAAAAUAUGUAUCAAAUCAUUAUUUAUUACAACUGAAACUUUAUUCGAAAAAUAUGAAAGAACAUCUGUUCUUUUAAUUGUAAGAGAACUUUGUAAAUUAUUUAUUGCGAAUUCGGUAAAAAUAGAACGACUUGAACUUACAUUUGAUCAUUCUAGCUUAAAAAACAUUCCAAAAGAUUAUCCAGUUUAUGAUUGGUAUUUAUUAUUACCAACAUUCCCAGGAGCAAAAGAAUCUUUAUCAAAUUUAAAAGAAUUAAUAUUAGAUUCAAAUUUUGAUCAAAGAGGAAUUUUAUUUGCAUUAUCAGAAAUAUGUCAUAAGAUUGAAUAUUUAGAUAUUUAUUAUGAUGAACAUACUAUUAAUGAUUUAACAAUAGAAAAUUUAGUUAAAAAUCAAAGAAAUUUUAAAAUAUUUUCAACAUUCUUAUAUGAAGGAAACUGGUCAAUUGGACCAUCACUUUGGCAACAUAAUAAUAGUUUGAAAGAAAUAAUUUUUCAUAGAGUAAAUUUUAAUGAUUGUAUAUCAUUACUUGGAUUAGCAAAAUGUAUUAAUUUAGAACGAUUAAUUUUUAGAGAAUCAUUUAAUCUUCAAAAAGAAUUAUUUGAUGAAUUUUUAAGAGAAAGUAAUUUACCAAAACUUAAAGAAUUUUCAUAUGAGCUUUCAUUUUUAGAUUUUGAUAUAGAUGAUAUAACAUAUGAUAUAUCACAAUUAUUAAAACGUACAGAUCAUAAUCUGAAACGUUUAACUUUUAAUGAUUCAUUCAGGAGUGUUCAAUCACAACUUUGGGAGAUUUCAACACCUUAUAUGAACAUUCAAAGUAUUGAAACAAUUACACUUUAUUGUAAAAAUUUAGUUUUAAUUGAUGCGACAAUUAUGAAAGCAACAGCAACACCAUUUUUAGCAGCACUUUCUUCAUGUAAGAAACUUCAAGAACUUAAUAUUUACUUGAAUAAUGAUGUAGAACUUGAAGAAUAUUUACCUGAUAUUGGAAAGAAUUUAGCAAAGAGUUUAAAAGUAUUAGAAAUUUCGACAUUAAAUGAUUUUUCAGUUGAAUCAUUAAAUGGAUUAUUAACUAAUUGUAAAGCAAGAUUAUCAACAUUAAAUUUAUUAUACUCUAGAUGUUUUAAUGAUCAAUAUUUGGAAGUGGUUGUAAAAUAUGCGAGAGAAAUUGUUUGUUCUUCGUUAGAUGAAUUGAAGUUAUUUUCCAAAACAAAAGUAUCUAAUGAUGCAUUGGAGAAAGCAAAAGAAUAUAUAAAAGUUGUGGAAUUGAUUGAAUUUUGUAAUUUGACUUAAUUUGACUUAUAGAUAUCCUAAAAUUUUAGGAUAGGGAAUUUAUCAGAAACGCAUUUCUCCUUCUAUCUUGUUUGCUACUUGGCAUAUAAUGUACGAAUGCGAGUUAUAAUAUCGUGAAUUUAUACAUUUGAACGUAGAUUAACGAGUAACGAGAGUCGAGAAAAAAAAGGUCAUUAAAUAUGGUGAUGUGACUGAUGCGUGAAGUGUAAAGUUAAAUGGUAAAUAUCGAAAUCUUACAAUAUAUAUAGUUAUAUAGAGUUAUAAUUACUGUAUAUCGUAAAAUGGUAAAUUUGAAUAAGUUAUGUAAGGUACUUUCGAAAUUCAAUUCGUCAAUCCUCUUAUCAAAAUAUAUAUCGUAAGUCAAACCAAAGUAGAUAUCCCUUUGAUAUAAAGUUAUCAUACUUUAAAACUAGAUUAAAGAUUCGAC